AUGAAAAACGAUUCACCAUGUGAUGAGUGGAACGAGAGUCUUGGGCAUGGUGUCCAUCGUGUCGUUCGUACUUUACAACAACAUGCACACACAAUGCAGUGUACGAGAUCUCCUACUGAAGUAACUGCAUCGUUUCAUCGUCAUAUCAAGGCAUCAAGUUGUUUUUACUGGCAACAUCUUGUUAUUUUUCAACGUGAAAUUCUAUGUGGUAUGGCGGCUAUGCUCUUAAUGAUUCCGGAGACAAUAGCUUUUAGCUAUGCAGCCAAUUUAGAUCCACUCAAUGGAUUAUAUGCUACAGGUUUUCUUGGGAUGACUGUAAGUUUAUUUGGUGGCGUACCAGCAACGGUCGCAGGUGCUGCAGGAGCUGUUGCGAUGGUGAUCCCGACGAUUACCAGUAGCACCGGGUCCCUCGCGUACUUGACGUACAAGGAGAGACUAGAGCAUUUGUUUGUAGCUGUGACAAUUGCUGGCAUCUUGGAACUUUUAUUUGGUCUCUUGAAACUCUCUAAACUCUUUUCAAUGAUCCCUAGGACCGCACAUAUUGGGUUUUUAAACGGUCUGGCACUUAUGAUGUUUCUCUCACAAAAGACAACCAUGGAGGUGUGCAAGUAUGAAACAAUGAACUUUGGAGAAUGUGAAAUUGCAGGUGAUCUCAAGUGGAUGAGUGUGUCUUCUCCGACGACGUGGAUCACGGUAGGACUCAUUCUUUUGACCAUGGCGAUCAUGCACUUUUUCCCCAGAACGCCGUAUAUCGGCCAUUUGAUCCCACCAACGCUUGUGGCAGCGGCCAUUGGUGUAGGUUUUGAAUUUGCCAUUAAUCGGCCACUGCUUGGAUAUGAUUUGCGUACGAUCGGGGACACAUCGCCGUUGAACGGUGGCUUGCCGGCUUUCAAUGUCCCCAAGUUUGACGAUGUGCAAGACUGGGGAGUUGUGCUCUCUACAGCGGCGAGUAUUAUGGCCAUCGGACUUUUUGAGUCGCUUAUGACACUACAAUCUGUCGUUGAUCUAAAGAAGGAGCAGCUGUCGCAGAGGGCCACGCGCAAAGAGUGUAUUGCGCAGGGUAUUGGCAACAUUUUGUGUGGGGUAUUUUCCGGAAUGGGAGGCUGUUCAAUGAUUGCACAGUCCAAUGGAAACGUGCUAAACGGUGCUCUUUACCGUCUGUCGUCCUUUAUGGGCGGUGUAUUUACCUUUCUCGUCGUGUUUUUCGCCAGCUCAUUGAUUGAGAAAGUGCCAGUGGCAUGCCUUACGGGAAUUCUUUUUCGUGAUCGUCAUUCAUACAUUCUGUUGGCCGUCUCUGAAGCUCAUUUUUCGCUUAUUGUUGGUGUUAUCUGGCAGUGCCUCGUCAAUGGAUGGCAGAGUGGCCGACAGCUCACAUUUCACACGGGUAUGGAAGUUGUGCCUGUUGCUAGCGCACAUGCCGACCACGAAGUGCUCAUGAAUUGUGAGGAAGCCAAGGUAUACUACCUAAAGGGCCAGCUGCUCUUUUCAUCCGUGACUUUUUUUCGUGAGUUCUUUGACGUUCUCUACGAUCCACGAAUCGUUAUCUUGGACAUGGGCGACUGUGUUUUUGUCGAUUUCUCGGCUGUUGCAGCGUUUCGUGAAGUCACAGGACGGUACCGUGACGCAGGCAAGACGCUUGUGGCUCGUAAUCUUGAUUUACAAUCGCUGAAUAUGCUGAACCAUGAUUUUGGCUGGGUUUCGGUUGCACACAUUCAAAAUGCAACGUCAGAACUUGCCACCAACACUGAUGAACUCCUCAUGAGCAAGAUUGACAAAGAGCGCUCUUCUUGCCACUCUCACGCGUUUCAGGGAUCAGUGCAUUGA